AUGGAGGAGAUUCGCUUGGGAAGCCUCGGAAUACGUCAGGACACAUCGGGGACGAUCGGAGGUGAGUUCGAGGGUGUCGGAGGGAGCGCAAGGACCUCCAAACGACCCCGUCUACCCGAUCCUCCAGCGGCACCCACCCCGCAUGUGGCAGAGUCUGCACGUCGCCCCGUGGACUUAUCAGGCACCCCAGAACCCAUCGAGCCAGAGACUCUGGGAUUGGGCCAGGAGUGGAAGGGAGGCGAUGUGGCUCGGACGGUGGGUGGUGGGCAGAAGGUGCGAUGGCUGCAGAAGGAGAUGGCGAAGCACGAAGCUCAGAAGGACCUGAUUGUGAUGUUUGUGGACAGUUAUGAUGUCAUCUUUGCUGGCUCUCCCCUGGAACUGCUGAAGAAGUUCUUACAGUUUAACCACAAGGUGAUCUUUGCAGCGGAAGGAUUCAUCUGGCCAGACCAGUCCUUGGCGGACAAGUAUCCACCGGUCCGUAACGGGAAGCGAUACCUCAAUUCCGGAGGUUUCAUUGGUUUUGCUCCAGUUAUCAAUGACAUUGUCCAACAGUGGAAGUUCAAGGACGAUGAUGACGAUCAGCUCUUCUACACCAAGAUUUACCUCAACCCCGUUCUCAGGGAAAAGUACAAGAUGACUCUUGAUCACCAAUCAGCAAUCUUCCAAAACCUCAACGGUGCUUUAGAUGAAGUCGUUGUGAAGUUCGAGAAAGGGAAGGCCAGAGUCCGCAACAUAGCCCAGGACACGUUACCUGUGGUCAUCCAUGGCAACGGGCCUACCAAGCUCCAACUGAAUUAUCUGGGGAAUUAUAUUCCAAAUGUCUGGAACCACGAGGCCGGCUGUGGAAUCUGUGAUGAGGACUUAUUGGACCUGUCAGAGCUACAGGAUGAGGACUAUCCUCAGGUGCUGAUAGGAGUCUUCAUCCUUCAGCCCACCCCGUUCCUCCCUGAGUUCCUGAAACGACUUGUCGCCCUCGAAUACCCCUCGGAACAGCGGAGUCUCUUCAUCUAUAACGGGGAGGUUUACCACGAGAAACACAUCCAGAAGUUCUGGGAGAAUCACCAGGAAGAUUUUUACAGUAUUAAAGUCGUUGGUCCAGAGGAGGAAUUGACAGAGGGCGAAGCCAGGGACAUGGGCAUGCAUUUGUGUCGUCAGGACCUGGACUGUGACUAUUAUUUCAGCCUGGAUUCCGAUGUGGUCCUGACCAAUCCAAAGAGCCUCAAAAUCCUCAUCGAACACAACAAGUUUGUGAUUGCGCCGAUGGUCAGUCGUCAUGGCAAGCUGUGGUCCAACUUCUGGGGGGCCAUAAAUGCAGACGGUUACUACAGCCGAUCGGAGGACUACAUUGAUAUUGUGCAGCUGAAGAGAGUUGGUAUCUGGAAUGUUCCGUACAUUUCCCAGGUUUACCUGAUCAAAGGUGAGACUCUGCGUCGUGAACUGAGACAGAAGAAUGUGUUCACACAGGACGAACUGGAUCCGGAUAUGAUAUUCUGCAAGAACUUCCGGGGGAAGGGAAUCUUCAUGUUUGUGACCAAUCUCGACGACUUUGGUCACCUAAUGUCGCUGUCCAACUACAACACCAGCCACCUGCACAACGACCUGUGGCAAAUCUUCACCAACUCAGAGGAUUGGAAAGAGAAAUACAUCCAUGAGAAUUAUUCCAGAAUCUUCAGUGAGAAUCUUGUGCAACAGCCUUGUCCUGAUGUCUACUGGUUCCCUAUUCUCACUGAGCAAGCCUGUGAUGAGUUGAUAGAGGAAAUUGAGCAUUAUGGCCAGUGGUCUGGAGGAAAACACGAGGAUGCUCGGCUUACCGGAGGCUACGAGAAUGUCCCGACGGUCGACGUCCACAUGAAGCAGGUUGGCUUCGAGAGGGAGUGGCUGAAAUUCCUCAGGAAAUUUAUCGCCCCUGUGACAGAAAAAUUAUAUCCCGGGUAUUACACCAAGGCCGAGGCCGUGAUGAACUUUAUGGUUCGGUACCGUCCGGACGAGCAGCCUUCCCUCCGUCCUCACCACGACUCUUCGACCUUCACCAUUAACAUUGCCCUCAAUACCAAAGGGGUCGAUUAUGAGGGUGGAGGCUGCAGGUUUCUGAGGUAUAACUGCUCGAUCGAGGCCCCCCGGAAGGGAUGGUCGCUCAUGCACCCCGGCCGGCUAACCCACUUUCACGAAGGCUUGCCGACAACCCGCGGGACGCGCUACAUCAUGGUUUCCUUCGUGGACCCGUGACAGCGGGGGAGAGGGGAUCGGACUGGGAUGUGGCGGAGGCCCAAAGGUCCGGACUUGGGACUGCGGAUUUAACCCGGAGGCCUUUUCCAGAGUCACUCCGCGAUGCGACUGGUGAUUAUUAUCUUAUUGACAAAUCAAAAGCAGCCUAUCUAGAACCAACCAGCCAAUGGGGACCCUCCCCAAGCAUGAGACUCAAGCUCCCAAUGAAAUACCACCUUCCUCACCAGGGCCUCUCUCUGGAACUAACCUGGCCCGUUGCCCCUCCCCCCACUGCCCCACGGUUCCCAUCAGGCCCUUCUGACACCUCCGCUGAUUGGACGCUGUAGACAAGCUCAACAAGCCAAGCGGCAGAUUGGCAAUCGGUACUUUUAACCAUCGCGUCGAACCGAUUAUGCGGGCGAGCAGAGACGCUGGGCAUCCAUCUUUUGAAAAACAGGUGACCACAUGUUGAAACGAUCUGAUCCUUUGCACUACAGGAGCAGGAAUAGGCCAUUCGGCCCCUUGAACCUACCCCGCCAUUCAAUACGGCCAUGACUGAUCUCCUACCUCAACCCCACUUUCCCCAUAUCCCUUAAUUCCCUCAGUAUCCAAAAUUCACUCCAUCCCAGUCUUCAAUAUAGUCAACGACUGAGCAUCCACAGCCCUCUUGGCGGGGGGGGGGCGGUGGAGGGGUAGAGAAUCCCAAAGAUUCCCAACCCCGAGUUCUCCUCAGCUCAGCCCUAAAUGGCCGACCCCCCCCCCCUUAUCCUGAGUCUGUGGCCCCCAGUGUUCUAGACCCUCCAGCCUUGGAGAAACAAUCUCUCCAUGUCCACCCCAUCGAGCCCCUUCAGAAGGAUAUAUGCUAUAAUGGGAUUGCCUCUCAUCCUGAACCCCUUAGAUGACAGGCUCCUUUUCUGACUCAUUCUCCAGCUCUUUAUGUGCCCGAGCUCCACUAUCACCAUGACCACGCCACCCUCGGCCAAUCAGUGACUCUGUAGUAUGCGGACCAGCUUCCAUUUUGUUUUUUCUGACAGGACCUUGUGGAGAGAAAGAGGUUUCGAGUCCGUAUGACUCUUCUUCGGAGGGUAACGCUCUGGGGACCCAGGUUCGAAUCCCGCCACGGCAGAUGGUGAAAUUUUAAUUCAAUAAA